ACCCUAAUUAACUCCUCUUUACCCAACUGCUGAAAAAAUCCCCUUUCUCCCAGAUCUACUCUCAAACAUCAAUGGAGUUGCAGACUUGUUCGUUCAUAACAAUGAAAUUUGCAUCUUCUACCAUGUGGUUGCUAUCUGUUAGGAGGUCUUGCACAAGGCACCUUCAACCAUUUGUGGCUCCAGUCUCAAAUCAAAACCUUGGGUUGUUUGAUGCCUUGGUCAAUGUCCUGCCACUAGUUGAGGGAGAUGAAGAGGCUCAACUGAAAGAAUCGCUUAUCUUCAGGCAGAAAAUGAUGCUGUUGGAAAAUAAUUGCAGAAGCAACUGGAAGCUGCAGGCUGGCGGGUUACUGUCACACUGCCAAAAUAUUCUUGGACUGAUGUAGCUACCCACUAACUUGUGGUGUGCUGCCCUCUGCUGUUGUUGGUGGCCUUCUCCUUCUUACAUACGUAUACAACAGUUGUGGCUUCCCUUGGUGUGCUGCAAACUAUGAGGAAAUUUGGGCUCAUAAGAUAAUUUGCCACUGCUCAAAACUUUUCAAGAUUAUGUUCAAGUAUUCCUCUCUGAAUUGAAUAGAAAAUGUUCUGACAUAUAUGAGUUCUGCAUUUACUACCUAUGUUCUGACCUUUGCGUUGUUUUACUUGAGGCGUAAAACUUGGAAACAACAAGUUCGAUCUGUUUGUCUAUCCGGUUCAGAAGUGUAUCAGAUGGAGGUACUUACUUGUAUGUGAGGUACCUGAUCGUGUGGAAGUGUAAAUCCGGGUAUCCUGGCUGCAUAAUAGGGAGAUGGAAAUUAUUGCAGCACGUUUCCAAUGGAGGUUAUUGUGACCGCUCAAAAUAAGCAAAAUAUUAGUUUACAAUGUCCAGUUAUUAGUUAGCAUGUCAAUUUUGAACAAAUCCGUGUAAGUCUCAUAAUUUUGUAAUUUAUACGUUAUAUUAUAUGAAGGAGUUACAACAUUCGGACCA